UAUUUACAAAUGUUCUGUCUUGAAUAUUUUUAGUCUGGUUGAGGAGUUAACGCUGUGUGUUUUAAAGUUACAAAUAACAUGGGAAUUAAGUUGCUGCUAUUGCUGGGCCUUCUUAUCGGAGUGUUGUAUUGCUUGCACAUUUUAGCAAAAGAUUAUCAAGCAAUAUUUAAACCAAAAUUUUUUAGGCUUACGAAGAGAAAUGUCAACACUUUUGGUGAAAAUGGACCCACGGUGAGAUGGAGGAAAAUAUUAUUACAUGAUCAUAUACAAUGCGCUCGCUAUCUGUAUUGUAAUCUGGGUGCUCAUUCACCGGACAAUGAAAUGCAACGCAGUUUCAUCUACAUGCUAAACCUACAAACCAAAGAAGAAGAUAGAUCGGCAGCAGAAGAGUUUAAAGCAGCCUAUCUGCAUGGGAAGCUUCAUGUUAACCCUAAAAGCUGUAAUGAAAAAUACCCAAUGUGUCCGUUUCAGACAAACUUAUUAUUUGAAUUAAUACGAUACGUUAUAAAUAAACCCCCAAUUAGUUUUUAUGUUCGUGUAACUUAAUUUCAUAAUUAUAGUACUUUUAAUAUCUUUUUACCUGAAAUAAUAAUUAGUUUAACCGUACGUUUUUCGAUCGAUUUGAAAGAUUAUAAUAUAUUUCAAUUAAUACAACAAAAGUCCUUAAGCUUUUGGAAAAACUAUUUGAUAAGAAAAUCUUAAUAUAGCAAAUACACUAAGUCACUCGCCAGUCCAUAGUACAAAAUUACUUUGCAGAAAAUAAGCGUUUUGAUAAUUAUCGUGUAAAUGUUUUCGGCUAAGAGUCGUGUAAUAGACUUAAUAUUUCUAUCUGAAGAACAAAUGAAUCUUUGACUGGGAAAGUGAUCUAGCGCUUUAGAUUUAAAGUUAGUAUGAAAUAGGCGAUUAAUAACUAUUAACGCACCCUUAUUUUCAUUUUUUUUUCACAUAAACUACGAAGCAUUUGCAAUGUGAAAUACUCCAAGAAGAAUAUUUCCCAAUGCUAUGGCUAUUCAUAACCAUCAACCGAAUGUGUCUGCUCUGAAUACUAUAUCUUUCUGACCCAACCUUUAGUUAGGUUAUCAAUAUUACCUAAUCUAUAUUAUAACAAAUCUUUCAAAAGUUCAGUACAAGACAAGUUUAAUACGGAACCGUAUCUAACCUUGAAAUGUUAAGAAAUAAAAAAUAAAAAUGGAAUUUAGAAGAUUAAGGUUUUACACUUACAACAAUAUUUAAGAAAGAAGAUCUUCAAUUAAUCAUACAAUAGUAGAUGAAAUAACUUUAUUUUGUCAUGUUAAUAUAACAAGCCACGUUAAUUCCAUUGGCCAUUAAUAAACCAAAUUGUAAUAAUUUAUAUUUUAUUAUAGUUUUUUUAUAAAUAGUCACUUAUGGAAGAAAAAAAAUUAUAUAUACGAAUCCCACGUAACUAUGAACAUGAACAGCUGCAAAAAAUUUAUUAAUACUGUUAUUACUCGUUCUAAGUUAAAAUUAAGUGUUCGAAAUUAUUAUACUCACAUAUAUCAUAUAACACAAGUAAAAUGAACAUCGUUAUUAUAUUUACUUAGGACGCCUUUAAAAUAAAUAAUUUAUGAAUUGAAGGAUCUAAUAACUUUUAUACAUAAUUUGAAUUUCGUUAAGGAAUAAAAUUUCGUUAUGUAAUAAGAAUUUUGUUAUUGACUGUUUAUCAUCAUUAGAAAAUGAUAGAAAAAUGACUUUCAUAAUAUUUUUUAAUAUAAAUAUUAUUCCAAUCAAAAUAGACGAAAAAGUCAUAACUUACCCAAAAUUAGCAUAGAGGUGAACAUCGAGAGAGACUGAAUACAUCAUAAUAAAUUACUCCUACU